CGUCACUCUGCGUGAACUAAACAAACAAGACGAGAAAAAAAAAACAAGAUGGCGUUCGAUGCAGAAGACAUUAUUGUGGUGUAAUUGAUGUUCUGUUUUCCCAAUCAUUGCGUACGCAAUCCGUACUUUAAUAUAAUACACAUUUUUAACAUUUUUUUUUGGAAUCCGAAAACAUUAGUCUGAGUGCACUUUAAAGCUCCUUAGUGAGUGUAAAGUGUUGGGAUUGUGUGAAAAUGUGCGAAAGAAUGACGGCAAAGUAUGAGGAGGAGCUUUGUCCAACAAAAGAGAAGGAGCGACAACAUCAACUACUGGACGCUGUUUUCAAGAAACAUCAAGUUGUGUUACACAGAACAGAUUUCCAGCAGGCUCCCCACACUAAAGAGGAAGAGGAGGAUCCCCAACCCCCCCACGUUAAAGAGGAAGAGGAGGAAUGUCGGACCACUCAGGAUGGAGAGUGUCUUGUAGGGCAGGAGGAGGCUGAUCUCAGCAAGUUUCCACCGACUGUUGUCUCUGUGAAGACUGAAGAGCAUGAAGACAAAGCACCUGAGUCCUCACAGCUUCAUCACAGUCCAAAUAUCCGGAAGCUGAUUGGUUGUCAAGAAGAACCUCUCCCUCAGUCAUUGGAGGGGAGCUUCACUUUGAAGCAGGAGGAUCCACAGCCCCCUGACAUUAAAGAGGAAGAGGAGGAACUCUGGAUCACUCAGGAGGAAGAGUGUCUUCUAGGGCAGGAAGAGGCUGAUCUCACCAAGUUUCCACUGACUGUUGUCUCUGUGAAGAUAGAAGACCAUGAAGACAAACCACCUGAGUCCUCACAGCUUCAUCUCAAUCCAAGUGAGGAGAAUAGAGAUAGUGACGACACAAUGUCACACGUCAACGUAAAUAUUGAAUCACACCUGAGAACACACACUAAAAAGAAAACUUUGGAUUGUUCGUUUCCUGGUAGAACAUUCUCCGACAAAGAUAAUAUGCAGUCAGACAUGAGAAAACCCACAGGAGAAAAACCUUUCAGUUGUUCAGUGUGCGAUAAAUUAUUCUCCAACAAAAGUAAUAUGCAAACACACAUGAGAACGCACACCGGAGAAAAACCUUUCAGUUGUUCAGUUUGCAGUAAAAGAUUCUCAAACAAACGAAAUAUGCAAACACACGUAAGAACGCAUACAGGAGAAAAACCUUUCAGUUGUUCAAUGUGUGGCAAAAGAUUCUCCAACAAAACUGAUAUGCAUACACACAUGAGAACACACACAGGAGAAACCCCUUAUAGUUGUUCUGUUUGUGCAAAAGGUUUUGUGAGAAGCUCUUACUUGACGCAACACAUGCGGACACACACAGGAGAAAAACCUUUCAGUUGCUCAAACUGUGGCAAAAGGUUCUCUCAAAGGGGAACGAUGCUGUCGCACAUGAAAACCCACACAGGAGAAAAACUUUUCAGUUGUUCGCUGUGUGAUAAAAGACUCUCCGAUAAACGUAAUAUGCAAACACACAUGCGGACACACACAGGGGAAAAACUGUUUAGGUGUUCAGUGUGUGAAAAAGGAUUCUCUGACAAACGCAAUAUGCAAACACACAUGCGGACGCACACUGGAGAAAAACCUUUCAGGUGCUUAAACUGUGGCAAGAAGUUUUCUCAAAGUGGAACGAUGCUGUCACACAUGAGAACGCACACAGGAGAGAAACCUUUCAGUUGUUCAGUGUGUGAUAAAAGAUUCUCUGACAAGCGUAAUAUGCAAAGACAUAUGAGGACACACACAGGAGAAUAACUUUUUCAUUUUUCCUGCGGAGUCAUUGCGUAAUAGUCUACUGUAGGGAUUCAUGAAUUCCAGACUCUGAUCCACAUCCGGAGCACGAGGCACGUCAGCCUGGACCCAGUUAAGAUCCAACCAGCCCACCGUAUAUUGUGAAUUACAAAACACUAAUCAGUGUUCUUAGGUAGGGGUUAAAAAAUAAAUCAAUAAAUGGUUUGUGGCGUUAAAUUAAGUGUUUUAAAAUUUGAUUCACAACCAUCCAUUGAAGUGAACUAGUUUUACUUACUUUACUAAAGUUCAAAAUUGGGAUAAGAUCCUGUUCACAAAAAAGUAUUCAAAUACUUUCACCGGAACUCAUCACACUCUGACAUUUAGACAUUUACCCUGACCUUGGGUGAACAAAAACAAAGUCUGUCAUCAACAAUAAUAAUCAUUUAUCUGUCUGAAUUAUUAUUGAUUGCCCUUGUGAUACCUCGUUUAGAUAUGUAUCCGGUUCCAACACACACUCAGCUGUGAUAUAUUGUGAUAUAUAUCUUACCGGAGACAUCAUUGGAUUAUUCGUCCUCCUGCAGUAGCUAUUUAAAAGGCAGCUGUGAUCUUGGCUCCUCGGCUUCUCUCUGAGAAGCCAUCCGACCUCGAGGUAUGUCUUUACAAUCUCACUAAAACACUAUAAAAACAAUAAGCAGAUAAGGGAUCUUCCAGAAUUAUCCUAGUAAAUGUGUCUAAUUACAUCUGAAACGCUCACAUUGCGGAGCCGUUGCUUUUUAUUUUAUUUCAUUAUUAUUAUUUUUUUCUAGUCCUUCGCUAUCAAUAUCAUCAUCCACGAAUCUUUCAUCCUCGCUCAAAUUAACGGGGAAAUUGUUGUUUUCUCGGUCCGAAUAGCUCUUGAUACUGGAGGCUCCCACUAUAAACAAUGUGCGGACGUAAGGAGCCCUCACCCUUGUCACGUCAUCGUCUGCUACUUCCGGUAAAGGCAAGGCUUUUUUAUCAGCACCAAAAGUUGCACAUUUUAUCGUGGAUGUUCUCUACUAAAUCAUUUCAGCAAAAAUAUGGCAAUAUCGCGAAAUGAUCAAGUAUGACACAUAGAAUGGACCUGCUAUCCCCGUUUAAAUAAGAAAAUCUCAUUUCAGUAGGCCUUUAAUAAGUAAUCUGUCUCCAGGGAGAUCUCAAUUCGUUUUAAAAGUCACUUAAUAUGCAGCCGCUGGGGUGCCAUUUUCAGGUCAAUGACAAUUUAAAGGGUUUGAAUUUCAACAUUUAGUUAUAUGACUCAAAGCAAACAACCUUCCACAGUCAUGGUGCAUUAAAACAAUGGAACACUAAGUUGGCCCUAGUGUGUGAAUGUGAGUGUGAAUGUUGUCCAUCUAUGUUGGCCCUGUGAUGAGGUGGCGACUUGUCCAGGGUG